GCUGGAGAUGGUUAUGGUCCAACACCUGGUCGCCGUCGGCAGAGACGUGGUCUUUAGGGGGCCGCAUACGCUGACGCCGAGGCCGACGCCAUCGGCAGGCACCAGCACCCCCAAGUCGACCGUCAUCUCGGUGGUGAUAUGCGCCUUGUUCUUCCUGGUCGGCCUCUGCGGCUACAUCAACAGGUACUGCCGCCGCGUCAACACGGCGGCAGCAGCGCCGGUGGGAGGCAGGGACAGGUCAUCGUCGUCAGGGGGGAGCUCCAGGAAGCGCGGGCUGGAGCAGUCGGUGGUGGCGACGUUCCCGGUCAUGCUGUGGAGGGGCCACCACAAGAAGGAGAAGACGGUGAUGGAGGAGGAGGAGGAGGAGGAGCGCUGCCCCGUGUGCCUGGCGGCGUUCGAGGAAGGCGACAACCUCCGCCUGCUGCCGCACUGCUCGCACGUGUUCCACCCGGAGUGCGUCGACCCCUGGCUGCAGGCGCGGCCGACCUGCCCCCUGUGCCGGGCCAACCUCGAGCUGCCGCUGCCGGCGGACGCCCUGGCGAUCGCAAUGCCGGCGGAGGGUAGCGACGACGACGUGGAUGACGGGAAGGAGGAGGCCAUGGAGCUCGAGAUGCUACGCACAGAGCGGCGGGCGGCGAGGCUGCCACCAGUCGCCACAGGGAAGCUGGCACUGCCGUCUCCAGUAGCGCGCAUCGCUGAGAGAGUGUCUGCGUCCAGCGUCGGUGUCGUGGGCCCAAGCUAGGUUUUUUUUAGCGAAUACAACGGUUCGAGUCUAUCCGUUUGUGCAACGGUUUACUUCUAUACUUAUCGGUCCAGAUUUUUUUUUUUUGAGGUAGUCCAUGUUGUUACGCCAAACCGUUGAUGGGCACCGUGCAACAACCAUGUAAAUUGCAUAUGUCCUCAU